AUGCCGGCUUACCACUCUUCCCUCAUGGACCCUGACACCAAACUCAUUGGAAACAGGGCACUGUUGCCCAUCAGAAGUCAAUUCAAAGGACCUGCCCCUAGAGAGACAAAAGAGACAGAUAUUGUGGAUGAAGCUAUCUAUUACUUUAAGGCCAAUGUCUUCUUCAAAAACUAUGAAAUUAAGAAUGAAGCCGAUAGGACCUUGAUAUAUAUAACUCUCUACAUUUCUGAGUGUCUAAAGAAACUCCAAAAGUGCAAUUCUAAAAGCCAAGGCGAGAAAGAAAUGUAUACACUGGGAAUCAUUAAUUUUCCCAUUCCGGGGGAGCCUGGUUUUCCACUUAAUACCAUUUACACCAAACCUGCAAACAAACAGGAAAAUGCAGUGAUGAAGGCCUACUUACAAGAGCUGAGGCAAGAGACUGGACUGAGAUUUUGUGAGAAAGUUUUUGACUCUCAGAAUGAUAAACCCAGCAAGUGGUGA